CAGAGCUCAGCAGAGGAAGACAACGAGGGUGAAAGCGAGCUUCCUGAUGACCGCGAUGGCGAUGGCGAUGAUGUGAUUGGCCCAACAGUGACUUCUGUCCCGCCCUUUAUGAAAAUCAAACCCACCCCAACUUCAAAUUCUCACCCUUUACCGCUUCUUCUCCCACAAUCUCUCUCUACACUUUCCUUUUUCUUCUACUCUGCUCCUUCACUUGACGAGGACCCAAGUGCCCACAAUGAAUGAUCCCAACAACAAUGGCAACGUUGGCAGUACGCAGCCUCAGCCUCAGCGAGUUCCUCUGCCUAAUUCGGUGGAGGAUGCUCUACGGAGAAUCUGCACCGAGCAGUCCCAACCGCAGCCGGAGGCCCCAGCUCGGCGUGAGCUAGCCGACAUGGGCGAGGUUGCCGCCCUGCAGGUGCUCGAGAAAAUAUCCGGCACGAGGAUCAAGCGCUCCCUCGACGGUUUCAUCGUCUAUAUGGGCAAACGGGCCCGCAGCACCGGCGGGUCCUCCUCCCCUUCCCCACAUAAGAGCUCCUCCGAGCGGAGCGGCGGGGGUUGCCCUGCCACCAAGCAAGCUCUCCGCUUCAAUGUUCAGUCCUCCCUCGACGGUUUCAUCAUUCGCAGCACAGGCGGACCUCCCUCCCCUUCCCCCCAUAAGAGCUCCUCCGAGCGGAACUGCGGUGGUAGCCCUGCCGUCAAACAAGUUCUCAACUUCAAUGAUGAUGCAAGUGUCAGCUCACCGAUAAGAAUGCACUUGGGUGAAAAUUCACUCCUGGGUUCGGAAAAUGGGAGUGGUGAAAGAACCAACCCUUCUGAAGCCUUGAAUGAACUGGAAUUUCUGAAAGCCUUUCUCCUGCUGAGCUACAUCGGAGAAGCGAAGCUUGAGGAGGUCAUAUCAACUGAUGAGAUUAGGCAGCUAAAGGAUCUCCAAAUGGCAGAUUUCGAGUCAAAAAUUUGGGAUAGACUUGGAAGUCGACUGGUCAAAGGAGAAGAUAGAUGUAAGUAUCUCGAAUGGGAUUCUAGAAAAACGCACUAUUAUCAUUGUCAUGUUUCACCAUAUCGAUCUUAUCGAUUCAAGGGGCCCUUUAUAAAUAAGACGAGAACACUGUUGCAUAAGACACUAGGGGAUGAAAAUGUUCUCCUCGUGAAGUUAGAAGGUUUUUCAUCAGUUGGUCACCCUGAUUCCCUUGCAGUCUACAGAGAGAUUGCCAAAGAUGGAAUUCUUGUUGGUUCCCGUAGAUACCGAUUCUUUGUUUUUAAAGAUGGCAAAGGGGAAAGGAAGAAAGACCGAACUGCAUCCUCUGUGAAGUGUUAUUUUGUACAUUUGGAGGGAAACCCAAUUUUUGCCAACAAAAGUGUUCACGAAGCAAGAUGCAUGUUCAUGCACGCACAUACUGUGUCCAGCGUAUCGAACUAUAUGAUUAGGUUCUCACUAAUCUUGUCCAAAACUGUUAGCUUGGAAGUUGAUUUAGCUGGUGUAAAAGUGGAAGUCAUCCCGGAUGUGGAAUGCAAGGACGAGAAAGGUAAUACAAUUUACGAUAGAAAAGGAAAGCCUCUUAUUCACACAGAUGGGACUGGCUAUGUAUCUGCAGAUAUAGCUUCGAAGUGCCCCGGAAGUAUAAUCAAAGGAAAAUGCAUAAGUAAUCAAGUGACUGAGACACUGGCUGGUUCUGGAGAGAAGACAUCUGAGCAAAUGCAGAGAUUGGAAUCACAUUUUGAUGAAGCGCCUUUGCUCAUUCAGUGCCGUCUCUUCCAUGAGGGCCGUGCAGUGAAGGGAACUCUUCUCGUUAAUAAUCUGCUUAAUGAGAAGACAAUUCAAGUUCGGGAUUCUAUGAUCAAGGUGGAGAAAGAUCCCCAACUCUCAACUAAGCAGACAGUGAAUUCAUUGGAAAUUGUUGGAAUGAGCAAUAAACCAAAAGGAGCAUCUCUCUCAAAGACUCUGAUUGCACUUUUAAGCUAUGGAGGUGUCCCCAAUGAUUAUUUUUUGAAUUUGCUGAAGAAUGCUUUGGGAGAUGCACGUGGUGUCUUCUCAAGCAAGCGUUCUGCGCUAAAAGUUUCCUUAAAUCACUGUGAGAUGGACAACUUCAAUUCAGCAAGGAUGAUUUUGGGUGGGAUUCCUCUGGAAGAGCCGUAUCUUCAUUUCCAUCUGUCAAUACUGAUGAAGUUGGAGAAGAAGAGCUUACGGUCAGGAAGAAUUCCCAUUCCUGAUUCGUACUACUUAAUGGGGACAGCUGACCCUACCGGAAGCCUCAAACCCGAUGAAGUUUGCAUCAUUCUAGACUCUGGACAAAUAUCGGGAGAAGUAUUGGUGUACCGAAAUCCUGGGCUGCACUUUGGAGAUAUCCAUGUUUUGAAAGCCACAUACCGGGAGGAGCUGGAGGCCUAUGUUGGAAAUUCCAAGUAUGGUAUCCUUUUCCCAAGUGUUGGUCCCCGCUCUUUGGCUGAUGAAAUUGCUGGCGGUGACUUUGAUGGAGACAUGUAUUGGGUCUCGAGGAACCCUCAGCUUCUGAAAUAUUAUAAGCUGAGCAAGCCGUGGACAUCUGCCUCUAUUCAACAAGUUGUGAAUUCCACGAAGCCCAGUGACUUGACUGCUGAUCAACUGGAGGAGGAGUUAAUCAACCUUUGGUUAACUGCGAGGUUCCGGCCAAGUUAUGCAAUCAGUGAGGCAGCUGACAGUUGGCAGGCGUUGAUGGAUCGGUUCCUCACGAUCAGUGCUGAUCAGCCCCAAGAGAGAGAUCUAAUGGAACGAAAUAUGCUGCAAUUGAUCGAUUUAUAUUAUGAUGCUCUCGAUCAACCCAAGAAAGGAGGGAAAAAGGUCGAGGUCCCACCGGAGCUGAAGGCAGAUGUGUUUCCCCAUUACAUGGGGAAGAAUGACUCCUAUACUUCGUCUUCGAUCCUGGGAAUUAUAUACGAUACUGUCAAUUCAUUUCUAGAAGAAGACCAUACUGUGCGAGAAGUGUGGAAGCUCCCCAUUUUUGAUGUUGGAGUUUCUGAGGCCUGCCUUAAGAAGUGGACUGAUCUAUACGAUAAUUACCGGAAAGACAUGGCAGCAGCCUUGAACCGUGAUGAGGGCGAGGACGAGUCCGCAGAUGAAGUCAUACAAAAGUACAAGCAGAUCUUUUUAGAGGCUGCGGAAUUCGAGGAGAGCUCGAGGAGGGAGGAGGAUAUAUUUGAGGAGGCGCUUGCGAUUUACAACAUCACUUAUGACUAUGCGAAGAAUGUGGGAUCGGUAGGCCUAUGCGCUUUUGCAUGGAGGGUCGCUGGUUCUGCUCUCUGCAAGUUCCAUGCGAUGAAGCAAGGCGAGAAGUCCAUCACCUGUCUGCCCUCCAUUCUCAAGGAGAUCUUGUCUUAGAAUUUCUUCGUGGUAAUGUCGAAUGUAGUUAUGAAGAAGCAUGUAUAUAUACGAGUAAUGUUAGAGUAUGUGAAUGUCAGAGUAACGUCAGUAUGGGUCUAUCUUCUAAUAUAAUGCUGUUAUUAAUGGUUUCAAUCAGCAUAAAUAUCAUCGAAACACUGGAUUAUCAUCUUGCAAUAUAAAUGUGAUGUGAGAAGCUCGAUGAUACAUCUCUUUGAACCUA